AUCUGGUUAUCGAUUUCCCCCUCUAUCAGUCGCCUAUUGAUAAGAGAACUAGGUUCAUAUAAAUGUUCAAUGGCUGACAUUGUUCUACGGCAGUGAAAUCUGCAUUCAGGCUUCACGAGCGCACUGCAUUCCCAUCGUUUCUUCUUCUUCUUUUCCAUCAAGAGAGCCAAAGCAGUGAUGAUACUGACAUUGUGGAGGCACUUUCUGUUUGCGUUUCUCUUCGUGCUUUUUCUCUGCGGGCCGCAAUCUCUCUGAUUAGUUCGAUGGCAUUAGCCCCUGUCCGCUCGCAGCGAUAGGACCCGCAGAUUCCGCUGCUCACCUGUAUAUCGCUGCAUUAGGACCAACUUGCGGCAGGUGGGUCUCAGAUAUCCGCCGUCAAACAGUGGAGUGUUUGCCGAGAGCAUUGAUUUGUGCACGGUCAAUUCUGUUCAAUUAUUGUCGCUCCGCGGGGCAGAGAAUACAGACACGAAUAGAAACUAAGGUGACGACUUCUCAGUUUUGUGUAAUCAGUGAAACCAAUGGCUUAGGUGCAGCAGGGUCACGUGGUGGCGGUGACACACCUGCGCAGGGCCUAUAGCGGCGACCGACAGAUGCACGAGCAGCACAGGUAGAGCAGAGCACAAGGUUCCACGCAGCAAAGGCAAUAGGGCGCAUGUACAUGUGUGCAUACACACCCGUUGGAUAGCCCUGGCCCUUGGCAGUCAUGAAUCGAGAAGAGCACUACUAUUCCCCCGCGCAGCUGUUCAAAGACCCCUGCCCCUACCAGAGACCCCACAGCGAGGACUUCAGCCACAGCCCUCCGCCCUGCCUCUACAUGGGCCGGCAGGCUCAGUCCGUCUAUUCCUCGCCUUCCAUCGGAGGGCUAGACCAGGCAAGUCUCCCUGAUAUUGCUCCGUACAGUAUGCCCAUGCGAGAGGACCCAGGUGUGCCGCAGCUCCACCACCCCCAGGCGCCCCAGCAGACUAUCCAACCGGGGGGUUACGGAGACCCGGGGGAGCUGGCUCUGUGUGCCGAUAGGAACAGAUACCACCUGCCUUUCCCCUGGAUGAAAAGCACCAAGUCUCACGUGCAAACCUGGAAGGGACAGUGGGCAGGCCACUACAUGGAGGCAGAGGAGAACAAGCGGACAAGGACUGCCUACACGCGAGCCCAGCUACUGGAGCUGGAGAAGGAGUUCCUGUUCAACAAGUACAUCAGCAGGCCGCGGCGUGUAGAGCUGGCCCUCACCCUCAGCCUCACAGAGAGACACAUCAAGAUCUGGUUCCAGAACCGACGGAUGAAGUGGAAGAAGGAGGAGGACAAGAAGAGAGUGAGGGGGGUCGACCCCGAGCAGGACUCAUCCAUUACGUCAGGGGACCUGAAGGAUGAGGCUGGGCUGGGGGUCGGAGGGGCUGGGAUGGGGGUCGGGGGGGUCGGGUUGGGGGUGGGGGUCGCGUUGGCUGGGGCUCCCACACCAGCACCUCUCACCACUACCACCACACCCCCCUCACCCUUACACUCCCACUCCCACUCCCUGUCAGGUCCGAGAGACUCGGCUUAG